CUCUUACUGAACGUCGUUUUUGUACGUAUAAUAGUCUGGAGUCGGAGAAUUUUGCCAAUAUCCUGCGCGUGCGCUGAACAACCCUCCUGUAUACCGGUUGCAAUUUUGACGUCGUCGAGCGGUCAAAUAUCAUCUAAUUCAGCAUGUAUUGUGCAAAACUGUGCACCCCUGCCGCUCAGGCAUUGUUGGCCAGAAGUUCAAGAGCUCUGGUCAGGCCUCUAGGAACGAUCACCAGUCAAGAUAAGUCAACCAGUUCACCAAGGCGUACCUUGGCAACAUAUAACGGUCUAGCUGGACUUAACACCACUAUCACUGCUACAAAGACAGCAAAUGUAACAGCGCUAGUUAAUCAGGUCCUAAACCGUGGUAUCCAAACCUCUGCCGUACAAAAGGAUGUUGAAGCCGCCGCCAAGUUCAUCGGCGCCGGUGCCGCCACCGUGGGUAUGGCCGGCUCCGGAGCUGGUAUCGGAACGGUGUUCGGCAGCUUCAUCAUCGGUUACGCCCGAAACCCCUCGUUGAAGCAACAGCUCUUCACCUAUGCCAUUCUGGGAUUUGCGUUAUCCGAAGCUAUGGGGCUCUUUUGUCUUAUGGUAGCUUUCUUGAUUCUGUUUGCUCUGUAGAUUAAUAGGAUUCCUCUAAUGGCGUGUUUUAUUUUGUUUUUUGGAAGAAUGGUUGGUGCAUGUUAGCCGCACGUACGUGAGAGACGGGAGGGAGGUACAAUGUUGUUCUUGGAACCUUACUCAGGAGGAAACCCGGGUAUCUAUGGAUUGCAUUUUAAAUCCACCCCCGUUAUUACGUGGUUUAUAUUGAGAGUUAUUAAUAUUCAAACCAAAAAAAAAAACAAAUGUGUAAAGAUUGAAAAUGGUAUCCAGUAUGAUUCCCACGGUUUUAGAAUGAAAUGGUUUUUCCCAUGUGAUUCGGUAGAUCAGCAGACCAAAUUAAACUUUGAAAGGGGGGUGACUGAAGAUCUUCAAAAGACAUGAAUUUCAAUCCUGUUUUGCAUAGUGUACAUGAUUUCGAUUAAGUGUAGUUUCACAGUUAAUUGGGAAGAUUUGUCAUUUCUACACGUAUUCAAAUUUAUCCCCAAUGCUGGCUUCUUUGCGGUUUGGACACUUUCUGUUAAGUAUGUAGCCAGCCCUGCUAUAGCAAAACACAAUCAUCUUUAUUUCAGUAUCAUUUAACUUUUAUUGAUUUGAUCUCGUUUGAUGUUUUUCCUUUUUUUUACAGAAAAAAAACACACUUUGUUUUAUUUGUCUGUGACGACAAAGGAUUAACAAGAAAUAAGGCCUGAGUUGAAAUCACUCUUUUGCCAUACUUUGAAACAUGAUUUCAAAUUUGCACUAUUUUAUAAUAACUUCCCUCUGGUAACACAUUAAUGGAAAUUUACCACUUAAAACAGCACAAUAUGUUCAGCAGAACCAAAUGGCCCUUGAAUGUUUAGUUUGUUAUAAAUUGAUCCAUAGCUUUAUUCUAUUAUGUUUUAAUUUGGAAGUUAUAAGAUUUCUAACUUUAUAGUUUAUGGACGGCCCCUCCCAUCAGGUGGGAUGGCCCAAAUAUUGUUUUCAUGUUAUGGCGAAAUUAAAUAUUGUGUGAUUGAUCUUCCCACGAA